AUGGCGGACGCUCACAAGAAAAAUGUGCAGUGGUCAGCAGAGGAAACUAAAGCCCUGCUGGCCAUUUGGACAUCUGUCGAAUUCCAGGCCAAACUUGAAACCAGCACCCGAAAAACUAAAUUAUACGGGGAGCUGGUGGAUGAACUGCGGAAACUUGGUUUCAGCAGGACAAGUGACCAAAUAGUAAACAAAUUAAAGAAACUCAAAAAAGACUACCGGGACACAAAAAGAGACCUGUCCAAAAGCGGCAACAGCCGUCCGGAGUUGGACGAGUCUUACGAAAUGUUGGAUGCUGUGAUGGGGUGCAGGCCAGCCAACUCGGUGGAAGGCUCCCUAAACAGUGCCACCGCAGCAGCCAUUGAAGCACACAUUGAAGCCACAUCACGGCCUGCUACACCACGCUCGGAUAUCGGAUCGUUGGGGACUGACACUAACAUUUCUGACUCCGAGCAAGAUGUUCUUCCACCGAGACAAACAUUUCAGGGAAAAAGGAAGAGACAAAACAGCGUGGACGACAUUCUUCAUUACAUGGAGAAGACGGAUGCGAGGGCAGAGGAGAGGGAGGCUGAGAGGAACAGAAGAGAAGAGGAGCGGGAUGAGCGAAUGCUGCAGGACAUGCAGCAGUCCAACACCGCUCUAAUGGGGCUUAUGGAGAGGCUAGUGUCCUCAAUAGAGACUGCCAACAGGGGGGUACAGGGCCAGGGCCAGGGCCAGUGAAGUAGGCCCUACUUUGUUUUUGUUUCUUUGUCACAUACAUAAUUUCUCUAUCUGCAGUACAGAGCACUUUAUUUUCACCUUUUCCUGAAAAAGAGCAUUUUGGUUUCUAUUUUGUAAGCCG